GACACCCACAAUUUUACCAUUUUCUCACUUCAAUGCUUGGGAACAGUUGAACUCAUUUAUGAUUUAUGCUCGUAGGCUGUACAACUUUACAAACUAAACAAGAAGAGGAUCAGUCAAAGUAGAAAACCUUGUUUCUGUCUUUAAACAUGGAAACGAUUUGGUUUCUGCCUCUUCUUCUCCUUCAAAUCAUUCCUGCAAAUGUUGCUUUGGAUGUUGGUGUAGGUGUGGCCAUUGGUGGUGGUGGUGGUGGUGAUGGUGGGGGAGGAGGAGGAGCUGUGUGGAUUGGUGGAGGAGGUGGAGGUGGAGGUGGAGGUGGAGGUGGAGGCGGAGUGAACACUCAAACCCCAUCAGAGUCUUCAAAUGCAGCUUACACAGCCCUCCAGGCAUGGAAAUCUGCAAUAACAGAGGACCCAUUAGGCAUCUUAAGCUCAUGGGUGGGCUCCAAUGUCUGUUCUUACAAAGGGGUCUUCUGUAUGAGCACUCAAGAUGGAGGAAUGUCUUCUUCCUCCGGUAACCUUGUUGUGGCAGGGAUAGAUCUAAACCAGGCAAAUCUUCAAGGCUCUCUAGUGAAGGAACUCUCUCUUCUCACAGACGUCACUCUCAUUCACCUCAACAGUAACAGAUUUUCAGGCACUGUUCCUGAAACUUUUGAAGAUCUCUCGGCCCUUACUGAGUUAGACCUCAGUAACAACCUCCUCUCAGGCACUUUCCCUUCUGCUACUCUUCUUAUCCCAAAUCUCGUCUAUUUGGAUCUCAGGUUCAACAAAUUCUCUGGACCCAUCCCCCAAGAUCUCUUCAACAAGAACCUAGACGCAAUUUUCCUCAACAACAACCAAUUCGAAGGCCAAAUUCCUUCCAAUUUGGGGACCUCAACUGCUUCUGUGAUCAAUUUAGCGAACAAUAAGUUCAGUGGCGACAUCCCAUCUAGUUUUGGCUACAUGGGUUCUUCGCUGAAGGAGAUUUUGUUCCUCAAUAACCAGUUAACGGGUUGUGUUCCUGCAGGGGUUGGAAUGUUGACGCAGAUGCAAGUCCUGGAUGUGAGCUUCAACUCAUUGAUGGGUCAUUUACCGGACUCCAUUUCCUGUUUGGAUGAUAUUCAAGUUCUGAAUUUUGCUCACAACAAGCUUUCUGGUGUUCUACCCGAUCUGGUUUGUUCACUGAAGAGCCUCAUCAAUCUCACAGUUUCUUUCAAUUUCUUAUCUGGGUUUAGCCAGGAAUGUAGCAAGUUGCCUUUCAGGAACGCAGGAUUUGAUUUCUCAGGGAACUGUAUUCCUGGUACAGAUAUGCAGAGGCCUCAACCAGAAUGCUCCGUAAUUCCAGGAGGUAACUUGAAUUGCUUGAGAAUCCCUCUAACUAAACCUCUGGUUUGUGGUUCAAUCUCUGUGUAUGAAACACUAUUAUAUGCCAAUAGGAACCCUUAUCCAUCUGAAGUGUUAGCUCCUUCCAUGUCUGCCCCAUCGCCAUGAACAAGAUUAACAGAGAAAAGUAACAUUCGUUGUCUACUGUAAAACAGGCCAGUGCCUGUCUUUUUUGCUAAGAGCAUUUAUGAUUCAGACCCCACAAACGUACUACUGCCAAAGGAUGUAGUAAAUAUAUAGUAAAAUACAUAUGCAUCUCUC